AUGACAUCUAUACCAAUUAUUGAUCAAACUGAAGUUGAGAUUGUAAAUGUUUUAGGUGCAGCUGAUGAAUUAUGUCUUAAUGUGCUCGUUGAAGCUUUACAAGAAGUAUUAAUUGAACGUAAGCAUUUAUGGAUGGACAAACAAUCAAUACUACGUCCUUGUAUUCCGUAUAUUAGGUGGCGUCACAUUCCGGCUGCUGAAUUUAGAAAACAAGUUUCAAUAUUUAAACGUCUAUUACCAGAUGAAUUACAUGAUCCUGAUGUUAAUGGUUCACAAGCAUUUUAUGUGUCUCCAAUUUAUUCUACUGUAGCAUCACGAAUUCAAUCCGUUUUGAUUAACCCAGAUCAAGCAGCAAGAAUUGCAAGUUGGAUUGAUAGAUUAGAUAUUACACCGUUAGAAAAUGGUGAUAAAUUAUACAAGUCAUGGCAUAUUCCAUAUCAAUUCAAACUUGUAGUUCGAGGAAGCCGUGAUCAAAAGUUUCUUCAACACACUUUAACUUCUAAUCAAGCCGUAGUUAUUAUCAAGCCUUCAAAUUCAUCAGAAAUUCUUGGUGGUUAUAAUCCAUUGAGUUGGAGUAAAAAAUCAAUUUCUUCGAAUAAAGAACCUCAAAAUACAGCUCCGUUAAAAGAUAGUUUCGUCUUUAGUUUGGGGAGUGAUGAAAAAAGUGAUAUAUUGAGUAGAGUUAUUGAUCCUAAAGAUUCAAUUUAUUGUAAUGUUUAUUGUUCUCCAGUAUUUGGUAAAGGUGAUUUAUUCCCUAAAGGUCAUUUCGAGAUUGGGCAACCAUGUGGAUGUAAACAAACUAGCUACGAAAAACCUUUAAGGCAGAGCGCUGAUCAAUUUAUUAUUGAAGAAUUUGAAGUUUUUCAAGUUAUAAAGAAGGAAUAUUAG